AUGGGAAUCAACGGUGGCAUCAACGGCCUUGCGCCUACCAAUGAUACAAAUGGGGUCAACAGAGUCAACGGGCAUUAUGAGACGAACAUUUUCAGUGAUCAAUCAAGUCCUAUGACGCCGGACUCUGAACAAAUACCAUCAGUCCCCAUCGCGAUUUGUGGCAUGGGAAUGAGACUCCCCGGAGGCAUCCGAAACGACAGAGACCUAUAUAACUUCCUAAUAAGUAAAGGCGACGCGAGGUCGGUCAUUGGACAAGACCGAUUCAAUGUGGACGCAUACUACAGUCCCCAUGGGAAGCACGGAACUAUAAGCACCAAACAUGGCUACCUCAUCAAUGACGUUGAUUUCUCAAAGUUUGAUUUGUCGAUGUUCUCCUUUACUCCUGCUGAAAUUGAGCAAGUGGAUCCUAAUCAUCGACUUGUGCUUGAGGUGGUUCGAGAAGCGUUCGAGAGCGCAGGGGAGACGAACUGGCGCGGGAAGAAUAUUGGAACAUACGUCGGUAUGUUCUCGGAGGAUUGGCAGGAUCUACAGCAUAAGGAUACACACGAGUAUAAUCCGUAUCGAGUGCUUGGGGGCCUAGACUUUGCUUUACCGAAUCGUGUGUCCUACGAAUAUGAUCUCAAAGGUCCGAGUAUGAUUCUCAAAAGCGCCUGCUCCUCUGCCGGACUUAGCUUGCAUCAGGCAUUACAAGCAAUCCGACAAGGAGAAAUUUCCUCUGCAAUUGUGUGCGGCAGCAACUUGAUUCUUGCGCCGGGAAUGACGAUCAGCAUGAGUCUACAAAUGGCCCUCUCACCCGAAGGAUCUUCAAAAACAUUUGAUGUCUCGGCGGACGGGUAUGCCAGAGGUGAAGGAGUCACGGUCCUCUACAUAAAGCGCCUCGAUGAAGCUAUCAAGGACGGGAAUCCAAUCCGAGCAGUCAUUUGGGGUUCAGCGAGCAACGCGGAUGGAAAGACCAACGGUUUGGCUCUUCCCAACCCAGACGCCCAUGAUGCUGUCAUUCGUCAAGCGUACAAAGCUGCUGGGCUUGGACUGUCAGAUACAGCAAUGGUAGAGGCCCAUGGAACGGGGACCAAGAUUGGUGAUCCUAUCGAGGCAACGGCCAUUGGGAAGUGCUUUGAGCAAGGGGUUUACAUCGGAGCUAUAAAACCCAAUCUUGGCCACAGCGAGGGAGCUGCCGCGUUGACCAGCAUCAUGAAAGCUGUGUUAUCUCUGGAGAACCGCACGAUCAUCCCGAACAUCAAAUUCAACAACCCUAACCCAGCUAUCCCUUGGGAAGCUGCAAAGUUGACAGUCCCUGUGGAGCCCACUCCCUGGCCAACGGAUCGUGCCGAACGUAUAAGCGUUAAUUCCUAUGGCAUCGGUGGCUCAAAUGCUCAUUUUAUUAUUGAUUCGGUGGCCGCUUAUGGCGUGCAAUGCUCAGGCACCCACGCUCCUGCCGUCGAAAAGAGGUCGAAAAGCCUUUUAAUAUUCUCUGCCAACCACGUAGAUGCUUUGAACGAGGUGGCUCAUAAUAUGGAGUGCUAUCUAGCUGCGCACCCAGAGAACGCAAAGGAUAUGGCCUACACCCUGGCAGAGAGACGGGAGCACCUGAAAUUGAGAAGCUUCAGUGUUGUGGAUGGAAGUUCCCCUGGCUUCCACGUCUCUACUCCCACUAAAUUUCAAGGUCUUCGCAAGGUUGCGUUUGUGUUUACUGGACAGGGCGCUCAAUGGGUCAAUAUGGGUAAGGAGCUAAUGCUUGAUUAUCCAUCGUUUCUUGAAGAAAUUAGGUCCAUGGACCAGAGGCUGAAGGAGAUUGAGCAUGCACCAUCGUGGUCAAUUGAAGAUGUGUUGUUAAACUGUGAUGACAAAGCUACCAUUGGCCGGGCUGAAUAUGCCCAGCCCUUGUGCACAGCUGUUCAGCUGGCUCUUGUUAAUCUCCUUAAAACCUGGGAUAUAGUGCCCUCUGCAGUUGUUGGGCAUUCAAGCGGUGAGAUUGCGGCUGCCUACGCAGCUGGUGUCUUGUCAUUAAAAGAGGCGAUUGUCGCAGCAUACUACCGUGAUUAUGUCUGCAGAUCCCCUCAGCGAUUGAGAGGGAUGGCCGCGGUCGGCAUGUCCAAAAAUGAUAUUGCGAAGUACCUUGAACCAGGAGUCAAAGUUGCCUGCGAAAACAGUGGGUCGAGCGUUACUCUGUCCGGUGAUUUGAAGCCGUUGGAAAGUACGCUCGCAAGAAUCAAGGGAGAGAAGCCCGACGCGUUUGCACGAAGGCUCCAGGUUGAAAUGGCCUAUCACUCGCAUCAUAUGGCCCUGGUUAGUGAUGUUUACCGCGAUCUUAUCACUCCACAACUUUCUCCACAAUCGCCGAACAUCCCUUUCUACUCUAGCGUCCAAGCAAAGCAGCUCCACCAAGCAUCUGAUUUUGCACCACGGUAUUGGCAAGAUAAUUUGGAGAGUCCUGUACUGUUUCAUUCCGCCGUGCGGGCUUUGCUUUCUGGCUCGCAGGAAUGCAGUGUUCAUCUAGAAGUUGGGCCGCACUCCGCUCUUGCGGGACCCUUGAGACAAAUAUAUAGUGAGAAGUCAGGCGCGAUAAACUAUGUCUCUGCACUCUCCCGCGGCAAAAACGACACUGUUUCGUUCCGCAAACAUCUUCCCCAUGACCUACUCGGCCUUCGCGUUCUGGAAGCCAACGAGAUGUUACCGAUGUGGCGAAAUGAGCUGCGACUCAUGGAUGUUCCAUGGCUGCGAGACCAUUGCGUUGGCAAUGACAUCGUCUUCCCGGGUGCCGGAUACAUCGCCAUGGCCGGCGAAGCGAUCUUCCAGAUUAACGAUAUCCGAGAUUACACUGUGAAAGACGUGGAGUUGAGCAAAGCGCUUGUACUCUACAAUGACAAAUCAGUUGAAAUUAUGACAACUCUGCGACCACAACGACUCACCUCCACGCUAGACAGUGACUGGUACGAUUUCCAGAUUGUCUCUUAUGAUGGAUCUGCCUGGAAUAAACACUGCUCUGGGCUUGUGCGUAGCGGUCGCGCUUCUCCAUUCCCACGAAAGAACACUCAGAGUCUUGAUAGACAGGUCUCGUCGACGCGUUGGUAUACAACCAUGGCUAGAGUGGGUCUCAACUAUGGACCUAGGUUUACUGGUCUGGAGGAUAUGGCAGCCAGUGUCGCCGACAGGGUUGCGGCAGCCCAGAUCCUAGACAAGCAGGAACCCGCCGAGUCCCCAUACACGCUUCAUUCUUCCACUCUAGAUCUCAUUUUCCAGUCUUUGACAGUGGCAACGUGCCAAGGAAUCUAUCGGACUUUCAAGUCCUUAUUCCUGCCUACAUUCAUAGAGGAAUUGUAUAUCGGCGAUGCAGCCGGGAAGCGUAUCGGCGUGAGUACAACGGCAGCUAGAAAGCCUGGUACAGUGGAGGGCGCCUCAUACGGCAUCACAGACAACGAGAUAGUCUUCUAUCUAAAGGGGUUCAGGGGCAAAGCGAUGGAUGACUCUAGCGUAGAUCAGCCGGCCAAACUGAAAUUCCUUCAGCUUCAGUGGAAGCCGCAUUUUGACUUUUUGAAGGCUGGCGAUCUAAUGAAGCUGAAGUUCAAUAUUCGAGACCAGAUCCAGGACCUUGAGCGUCUCUAUGUUUUAUGUGCUAUUGAAGCAAGAAACGCCUUGAAAGACCGAUGCACCUCUCACCCCCACAUGGAAAAAUAUUGCGCGUGGCUAGAGGAGCAACAUGAGAGAUUCCGGCAGCCAGAAUACCCUUUGGUGAAUGACUCCUUUGAUCUGACUCAGAUGAAUGAGACCGAGCGCAAAGAUCUCAUUCCAGAGGUCUUUGACCGCUGCCUCGCGUCGGGCGGCUGGGCGCCGGCGACUGCUAUCAAGAGAGCCUUCGAAGAAGUCGUCAACGUGUACGAAGGACGAACAGACUACCUUGAUCUCCUACUCCAGGAUGGAGUUCUCACCGGAAUCUACAGUUGGUACAACGAUAUCUGGGAUUUCACCGACUUCAUGCAGCUGCUGGGUCAUGCCAAGCCCCAGUUAAGGAUCCUUGAAAUUGGAGCAGGAACGGGCGGGUUGACAGCCAAGUUCUUGGAACAAUUAAAAUCUGACUUCGACGAGCGACUGUAUUUGAAGUAUACAUACACUGACAUAUCAUCGGGUUUCUUUGUUCAGGCGAAGGAGCGGUUCAAGGACUACGAUGGUAUUGAGUACAAAGCCCUUGAUAUAUCUAGGAAUCCCGUGGAGCAGGGGUUCAACGCCGGCGAAUACGACCUGAUUAUCGCAUCCAAUGUUCUGCACGCGACGCCAUUUCUGCAGGAUACGUUGACCCAUGUGCGCACCCUGCUUCAGCCUAAGGGUCAAUUGUUUCUCCAGGAGUUAUGUCCUAUAACUCGCGCCAUGAGCUUCAUUAUGGGCCAAUUUCCAGGAUGGUGGCUAAGCGAAGAGGAUGGUCGCAUCGACAAGAGACUACGGCUGGCGGGCUUCGAUGGCUGCGACUCCGUAACUCUCGACAAUGAGCAGCCCUACACUUACAACGCCAAUAUCAUCGCAAAGCCAGUUAUUCAAGACAGUGUGGAAGUAGACUAUCGCAAAUGGGGAGAAGAACUUCCAGCUAACCAAGACCUGAUCUCCUUCAUGGAUCUUGGAGAAAGACCGCUGCUUCAGGAAAUCUCUGAAGAUGAUCUUAGUCAUUUCUUGCGGCUGGUGGACUCCCUCCAAAUAUCGACUGUCCUUUGGCUCUCACAUUCCGCCCAGAUCAACCCCAAAGAUCCGCAGGCAGCGCAGAUCCUCGGAAUGGCAAGAACCAUAAGAUCCGAGCUUGCGAUGUCUUUUGCCACCCUUGAGCUUGAAGACCUAAAGUCAGGGGCUGCCCGGGCUGUGAUUAAUGCUAUCGGAACCCUGCAAAGCUCCAGAGACGACAUCAGCGAACUGGACCCAGACAUGGAAUGGGCUUGGUCUAAUGGCGCAUUGAAUACCGGGCGGUUCCACUGGGUGCCGGUAGAAAAGGCACUUUGCGAGACUGCAGCAGAGCCCGAAACCAAGGGAUUGGCUAUUGGCACUCCUGGCUUAUUGCAAACCCUUCACUGGGCCAGCCAACCCUUAAGUAAUCCAAGCGCAGAAGCAGCGAGUAUCCGAAUGACAGUCGUUGGACUCAAUUUCAAGGACGUCAUGAUUGCCAUGGGUGUCAUACCAGGUGGAGAUACCAUCAAAGAUGGCAGUAGCCCUCUGAGAUUAGAGAGAACUGGUUAUAUUACCAAAGUUGGAUCCGAGGUAUCGAACAUCGCUGUUGGCGAUCGGAUAAUGCUCAUCGGUUGUGAAUCUGUUGAAAUGGCUACGGUUAUCAACAGAUCGGCUAGUCUCUGCGUGAAGAUUCCCGAUCAGCUCACGGAUGAAAAAGCGGCUACGAUGCCUGUCGUUUAUAUCACCGUGCUGAUGUUCCUCGUUGAGAAAUGGAAGCUUGAGAAGGGCCAGUCUAUACUGAUUCACAGUGCAGCCGGAGGUGUUGGAAUAUGUGCCAUGAAUGUGGCCAAGUGGAUCGGAGCAGAGAUCUACGCAACUGUUGGCUCGGAAGAAAAAGCCGCGUUCUUGACCCAGGAAUUUGGCAUUUCAAGGGAUCGCAUUUUCAAUUCCCGAGACAGCAGCUUCUUGGACGGUGUGAUGAACGCUACUAGUGGAGUGGGCGUGGACUUGGUAUUGAAUUCGCUAUCCGGCGAGUUGCUGCACACAUCAUGGAAAUGCGUCGCUCCUUAUGGUGCCAUGGCUGAAAUCGGCAAACGCGACAUGGUUGGCCGAGGAAAGCUUGCCUUGGACCCGUUCGAGGAUAAUCGAGCUUUUAUCGGCGGCGACAUCGCUCGUCUCCUUGUCACGCACAAGUCGACCGUGGCGCGCCUUCUGCAACUCAUGGUGGAUCAAUACCUUAAUGGCCUUUUUAAGCCCAUUACGCCGAUCACCACGUUCAAUGCGGAGGAUGUAGAAGAUGCCUUUAGAUUCAUGCAAAAAGGCACUCAUAUCAGAAAGGUUGUGAUCAAGUUCCCCGACCAUAAUACUCUACCCUUGACUGCUACCGUUCCCCAACCACGAUUCCGCAGUGAUGCUUCUUAUCUCCUGGUCGGUGGUCUUGGCGGGCUGGGUAAAGCAAUCGCGAGCUGGAUGGCACUAAACGGUGCACGUCAUCUCAUGUUCCUCUCCAGAUCUGCUGGAAGAUCAGAGGAGGAUCGUCUAUUCCUAAACGAGCUAAACACAAUGGGUUACUCUACACAGUGCUUUGCAUGCGACAUUGCCGAUCCGAGCGCCGUCAAGCACGCUGUUGAACAGGCUUCUGUGCCAAUCGCUGGUGUCAUGCAGAUGGCAAUGGUAUUGCGCGAUGUCGGUGUCCUCGGUAUGGAUAUUGACUCCUGGCAUACGGCGGUGCGCCCCAAAGUUCAAGGAACAUGGAAUUUGCAUGAAUGCCUCCCGAAGGAUAUGGACUUCUUCGUUCUGUUCUCCUCGGUUGGAGGAACCUUUGGUUACUAUGGCCAGUCCAACUACGCCUCGGCUAAUACAUUCCUUGACUCCUUUGUCCAGUAUCGCCAGAACAAGGGCCUUGCUGCCUCGGUGAUAAAUAUUGGCCCAGUCGACGACGUCGGAUACGUGAGCCGGACUCCAGCAACCAGAGAAACACUAAUCGCCACUCUGGAAACAUUAUUGAUAGAGCAAAACUUCCUGGACAGUUUGCAGCUCACCAUGGCUCGAUCUUCGUCCCGGUAUGCACCGACCAAGACACGAUCCGCGUUUGCCGGAUUCCAAAACCCCAGCCAUAUCGUGCAAGCGUUGGAUUCGCGCAUCCCCAUCAUGGAUCCCCAGAACGGCAGCAUGUGGAAGCGAGACCCUCGGAUGGCGAUAUACCGCAACAUUCAGAAGACGUCUGAAGCGGAAAGAAGUGAUGCCGCCGACCAGCUCAAGCACUUCCUCGCUAGCAUGAUAAGUGACCCGGGUAAACUAGAGCAGAAGACCUCCGCGGAUGUCAUUUCUGCCGAGCUAGCACACUGUGUGGCAAGCUUCUUAAUGCGCGAGGAAGACGAAGUCCCGAUGUCCGCAACUCUUUCUGAUAUUGGUGUUGACUCGCUGGUGGCGAUUGAGGUGCGGAAUUGGUGGAGGCAGAAUCUGGGUGUUGAUGUGUCGGUCUUGGAAUUGAUGAACGGUGGUACUAUUGAAGCACUGGGUGGUUUGGCUGCGAAGAGGCUGCAACAGAAAUACUCUAGUAAAUAG